AUGAAGAAACUCCCUGUUGCGUUUUGGUUACAACAAUUUCUGGAUUUGUUCUUUACAGACUACGAGUGCGGCGGUCAACGCUACGGCCUUGAGUGCGAGAAAAUGUGCAAGUGCUCGGGAUUAAGAUGCGGCGACGCCCCUGUGGUCCAAUUUGGCAGCUGGAUGCAAUGCUCGCAUCACAUCAAUAGCGUGUGUAUGUUAGAGUGUGAGAGAGGAUACAGUGUUGAAGGCAACGAGACGAUAACUUGUCAAGGGGAUGCGACUUGGACGGCGCCUGGUGUAUGCACAAUACUAAAAUGCAGCAGUGCAGUGCAGGUGCCAAAUGGCAAAUGGAUCUUCUGUAAGCACCGCGAAUGCCAGCUGAAGUGCAACAAAGGAUUUACACUAGAAGGGAACACACAAAUCACGUGCCAAGAUAACCUUCAGUGGACUGCUCCUGGGAGAUGCAUACAUACAUCCAAUAGUUGUGAUAAACCAUGGUAUGGACCAAAUUGUUAUUAUAAAAAUCUUUUUUACCUGGCGAGCGCAGUAUAUCCGCAGGAUUUUCGUGUAAAUAGUAGCUGUUUCCUCACUGAUGUACUCGAUAUAAAAUUCGAUGCAGAAACCUACUUUAUUUCACUCGGGCUGAACUUUUUAAGGAAGGAACAACAAGAUGUGAAUGUUACAGUUUCCAAAAAACUUUUCAACGGAACUGUUGUCUUGUGCUCCAAACCUUUGAUUUAUUGGGUUGAUGAAUUUACCUUCGACUUUGAAUGUGAAACAAGAAAUUUUGUAACUGAGAUUGGAAUUAAAUUAUCGUUUCAUGCUUACAUUUGCCACGUCACCGUGAACGGAGGCAGAAAUUUAAUUAAAGAAUCCAAUGUCCUCGUAACUUCUGAUGGUAACGACUCGUAUGUUUCUAACGAAGAGUACCAAGUGGUAUUUGAUGACUACGAAGACGACGAUAAUUGCCUAAUUGUUGCGAAGCCUGGACGAAGCAUCGCUUGCAAAUCGACAUUCAAAUGGCCACGUGUGGUUUACCAAAUCUUAAUUUAUACCAGCGGAAAGACGGGUAGCGUCAUGAAAGAUUUUAAGGUGGAGCUUUUGAACGACGAAUACGAUGUCGUAUUUUCGAAGACUUUUCAUAAUUUUUCACCUUUCUACAAAAUCAACGUCCCCUACAGUGGUCUAGUGUUGAGCAUUGUUUUGAACGCAAGCGAUGUGCUAACACUAUGUGAAAUACAGGUUUUCGGCGAGUGUGGUAAAAGAAGACACGGUAUAGAUUGUAGCGAAGUAUGUAGCAUCACAUGUUCUGACCAAGAUUGUCAGUUUACUGGGGUUUGUAAGAAAUGUGUACGUAACAGAAUUGGGGAAUACUGUCUUGAUUCUGUAGAUCAAAUAUAUAAUUUUUCGCUGAAUUCAACUCCCUUACAAAUGUCCACUACCUUUCAAAGAGCUCGGUUCAUGACGUCUGAUGAGAUUUAUACAAUAAUAACAUUACUGAUCAUAGUGUUCCUCGUCAUCUUAUGUCUGUGCUUCGUACCAAAGCCUAAAGAUGCAAAAAGUGCCAGGGAAUAGAAUACUAUUGUUAACUAAUGAGCUAUAUUUUCUAUUCAGUAUCUAAUAAAGCAUUCAGGCUUACACUAAAUCCUUG